AUGUUCGAGAAAGUUCUGGAAGAGGAUCCAGAUAUCGUGGAAGAAACUCCAGAAAAACAAUACAAAUUCCUGCCGCAGCAGCAGGAUUAUUUGAAGCAAAGGUACGCAGAACAACAGAAAAUCGAUGUACAGGAAACGGGGAAAUUAAUGAGAUCGAAGCAGGCCGAGAAAUCUGGAGAUUUUCCUUUGGAUCAAGAGAAAUUUUCUGGAUCGUACGAUUGGCAGGCGUUUUCACCGUCAAAUAGAAGAAUCGGUACCAACAGGAACCACAAGGAAUACGUACCGUUGGUUCUCGACUCGCAGAAAUCCAAAAAAUCGGGCUCGAAAGUGUCCAAAACGAUCCAAGAAACUUCCAAAUCGGACAAACUGUCCAGCCACAUAAUUUACCUGGAUCCCAGGAUACUGGAAAAAGUGUACAAACUCAAACAAACCCAGUCCAACAAACAGAUCAAAACCAGAUCGAUAGUAAUCGAACCGGCCCAAUUGGUCCAAUCCAAUUCCCUGCAGGACCUCCUCAACAGGAACCCACACUUCCAAAUCGACCAACUCAAAAGGAUCCUGCAGGAUCCGGGAAAAGUCUAUCCCACCGUACAAGGUCCUCAACCUUUCCAGUCCAAAGCACCAAGUCCUCCUCCAAAAGUACAAGCGGAACCUUCCGAAGACCCUUCUGUAGCCUUCCAGAUUCCCCAAAACGGCCGGGUGAUCACCAAAGAAGCCUUCGAAAGGAUCCAGAAACAGCUGGAAGCCUCUUCUUCGUUCCAGGUGCAGAACGCCCUGGAGAGGGCGCAGGAAGCUGCUAGAGCUCACGUCGAAGCCCAACACAAGGCUAUCGAGCAGGCGCAGCGGGCUAUACUGGAGAACGUGCAGAAACAGCUGCAACACGCCUCACCCGAAUCUCUCGGUUACGUCUUACAGGCUCCUCAGGCUGCCGAAGUUUCUCAGGCUCCACGGAUUCCUCAGGUAAUCCAUUCUACUCAGGCUCCGCACGCAGCUCAGGCGCUUCAGGCUCCACAGCCGCUGCGAUUGGUGAUCGACGGACAAUCUAUACCGCCUAAAGAAGGUUCGAGAGUGGAGGAAACUUCGCCGGGAAGCCUGAGGUACGUGCAAAAGGUUACCGAAAGGCCGGCGCAGGAAUUGUUAGGUCCGGAAAACCUGCCGCAACCUUUAGGGUUGGUACGAGAAAACUUGCAGCAAUACGUUAGUAAUAUAAAACCAGUUUAUCCAACACCUGUACCCGAAAGGGAAGUUUCGAAGGUUCACGAAGUCACCAUAUCAGGCACCAAGCCUACCAACCUACCGGAAUUCAUCACCAACACCAUUCUACCGGAGAAACGCUACAAGAACGUGAAAAUCGUCGAGGUGAAGCCGCUGCAGAAGCAAUUGCUGGCGCAGCAGCAGCCCAAGAUCGUCCAAAGGCCGCCCGAACGGGACACUACGGCCGGAAAAAUCGAACACUACGCGCCCAAUCAUCUCCAUCAGGCCGCCGCCCAGCUGCAGGCCGAGAGGAUCCUGCUGCAGCAGGUGCAGCAGCACAACAACGCCAUCAUGGGCGGCAGGAAGGCUCCGAACCGGCACGUCGGGCAGAAGACCGGCGAUGAUAAGGACGUGCAGGAGACCCAGAAGGCCUACCGGCAGGUCCUGCUCGAUCAGAAAUCGAAGCAACGCGAUGAAAGUUAUGAUGAAUACGAUGACGUAAGUAAAAACGGGUUAAUUUACAGGGUGAAACGUAACAGUAAUUUUAGUUUUGAUGAUGCAUACGAGGAGUAUUACGAGUAUUAUGAUGAUGAUGAUAAUAGUACUGAUAAGGGAAAAGUUAGUAAUGGUUUUGAGUAUGUUGAAUAUUAUGAAUAUUAUGAUGAUGAUGAUAACGUGACGAGUUUGGUGUUGAAAAUUGAUGAUGAUAAACCGAAAUCGGAGAAGUUGCGUAGUUCUUACGCCAAAUACGCGUUCGGCUACCGCAUUAAGGACAAUCAAGGAGGCGGCGAUUUCGGGCACCAGGAAAAAAGGAGCGGCAGGAGCGCCGAAGGAAGUUACGAGGUCCUUUUGCCGGACGGCAGGAGGCAAAAAGUCGAAUAUUACGCCGAUGAUACCGGUUAUCAUGCCAAAGUGAGCUAUGAAAAGGUCGCUUGA